AUGGGAAAUCACGGCACACCCCAAAUGUCCAUGUACAUCUACCACGGCAAACUCGACCAAGUCUCUCCAGUCGAGAAUGCGGAAGCCUUGGUAGAGAAUCUCUGUGCAAAAGAGGCUCAGAUCCUCUUCGUCAAGGAUGUUCUCUCAGAACAUGUAUUGGAACCUUGGCUGCAUACUAAAGAAGUUUUGGCUUUUAUGGAGAAGAGGUUUGAAGGUGUUCCUGUUAGAGAUGGGUGUCGUAAGGAGUCGGAGCUUGUGCCGGAUCUCGUGAGUGGACUUCCUGCAAGGAUCUGGAGGGCUGUUAAGAGUUGGUCUUGCCGGCGAUUUAACAUCUUCUGUUAG